UUUAAAAUGGAAAAGGAUAUUCCCGAAAACAUCUCCGGAUCUUUGCCCAGUGAAGACCUUUUCACUCCGACUCAAGCCAAUCAGGAAGAAUCAUCCAAGGUUGAAGACGAAGUCUUCGACCAAGACUUGGUUGAAGCCUUCCUAGAGAUGGAAGACUGCCUGGAAUUGGUAAAAUACUUUGUAGACAUGGACAAAGUCAGAUUCAAAGAAAUUGCCUACGUGCUUUAUCAAGCUUUUAAGCAAAGGAAUUCGUACCUUGAAGUCAAAAAGCUGUUCGAGACCGAUAAUGAAAAUCCUCUUGACUUUAAUGAAGCGAUUAAGAUUACUACGGAGUUAAUUGACACUACAGGAAGAUUUAAGAAGCUAAGCAAAUAUGUCAGAGUCCAGCUUAUUUAUGGCCUUGAUCUAGUGAGAAGAAGUCAAGAAGAGGCCAAGGUCACUCCUGAAACCAUGGAAUAUAUUGAGAAGAAAUGGAAGUUCCUUAAGCCAGACUGCCUCCGGCAGUACGCUGAAACAACUGGGUUCUUCCUCACAAAGGAAAUGAUUAUAGAUCUGAUCCAUGAUUAUGAGUCUCGGAAGAAAGUAUUGGACGCGAUUGAUAUUAUCCAAGACUUUGAAUUGUUUGAUAUUGAGUUCGACUGGGAAAGUGGAAUCAAGACCUUGAUAGAUACCCAGAAAUUUGAUGUAAUCAUGGAUAUUUUAGAUAUGAAGAAUGAAUAUACUGAGUAUGCUAUCAGCCUUAUGAGUACUAAUAAGCUGGUGAAAUAUGCCGCGAAUAUUAUUGAUAGAAUGGGACUCGAUAUUAACGAUUAUCCAGAUGUGCAAGAGAGGCUAGCAAAGAAGACAACCAGAUGGUAUCUUUACAACUACUCACAGGGUCCGAAACACAAGGAUCACCUUCCUCUAUGGAAGUUAGAGGAUCUCUUCAGUGGCUACGACUCCCUGCUUGUUUACAUUAUUGAUGAUCUUUGUUACAAGAAGGAGAAGAGGUUCCAUAAAGAUGCUAAAGCUUUGGCAUUAAGAAACGAUCUCCUUGAUAAAGUGCAACCAAAAGUCAGAGAGCAGCUUGAAGGAAUUGAAAUUACUGAAGAAGAGAUGAAUAUUGACUGUAUUGAAGACUCUUUCGGACCCAUUUCUGAACCAAAGGAGGAGUACUUCAAAAUGCCUGAAGAAACUAAGGUUAUCUUCAUUGGAAGUGAGGAAGAAGUAAAACUGGCUGAGCCCCUUCUUGAUAUGCCUCUUAUUGGAAUAGACUCUGAAUGGAGACCAGCUCUGGUUAAAUUUAACCAUACAAAUGUAGCACUUCUUCAAAUAGGAAACACACAAAAUGUUUAUCUAAUUGACAUGGUGGCGCUUAAGGAGUCUCAAGUACUUGAUGAGCUCUUAGUCAAGGUCUUUACGAGUGAAGAUAUCAACAUCAUUGGAAUGAGCAUUCAAAGUGACCUCGGAGAGUUAUCAAAAGGGUUCCCAAAAUUGAACUUCUUCAGGAAAAUUCAGAAUCUUUAUGAUGUCCAACCAAUGUAUGGAUCAAUUUACAAGCAGAAAGGUGGCCUUGGACUCAGCAAGAUAGUUGAUGCUAUUUUAGGUUACAAAGUCUGUAAGUUCGAACAAAUGGCUAACUGGGAGAGAAGGCCAUUAAGACUCAGCCAGCAGCAUUACUCAGCCCUUGACUCCUACAUUCUUGUAGAGUUGUUCGAAAAGAUGAGGGCUUAUGCUGAAGAGAACGAAAUAGACAUCACUGAUUACAGAAAUACCUAUAUCAUGGGCAAGACUAAGCUUUCACAAAGAAGCGCAGGGAUUACUGACUUCAAGGUUCAGAAGGAAAAACUAGCAAAGGGAAGCAUCAGGACAAUUAAGUUGAAAGCAGGGGAAAGUGUUGCCCCAAAUGCAGAAUUGUCUAACGCAGAGAAGGUGGAGACUCCCUCUUUCUGUAUUGAUUAUAACCUCAGCAGACUCCAUAAAUUCUUGCUUCAUAAAGGAUUUGAGAGUUUUAAGAUUCAAAAGAAGACUAAUGCUCUUGAAAGAGUAGAGAUAUGUAGAGAAGGAGGUAAAAUAUUUGUAACUAAAGAUGACAAAAAGUUUAACAAGACUCUGUCUAUCCCUUCUCUCUUGAUCCGCAAAGGAGACUCAACUGCAAAACAGUUCAAUGCUCUUAUGAAAUAUUUUGAAAGGGAGGAGACAGCUACAAAUGAAGAUGUUGAUGCUCUCAAAGUUGAUGAUGGGGAGUAAUUACUAUCCACA